CUCUACUGGACAGAAUUUUCACUCAGGCCGCUGUUGCUGUGGCAACAUCUUGGCAACAACAAAUCAGUAGUUGAGGUUCAGCAAGCGACUGUUUUCACGAUUUGAAAUAUGUCUUUGGCCGAAAGUGUGGUCGAACCCAUAAUUCUGGAAUUAGUACACGAGUGUACAACAGAAGAUGCCUUGUCGGAAGACAUGAUCGCUUUAAAGCUGCGCAUGGGGACACUUCCGGCCACAUGCAGUCCUUCCCUUGACACAAUCAAGAUGCAAGUGUAUUUUGACAUCAAUUACACUUCUAGACGCGAGUUCCUCAGGGAAAUCAACUGGAUGUUGGAGACUAGAUUAACCCAAGUGAGCAGGGAGAUCACCGAGAGCAGGGUGAAAACGAAAGACCAGUUGGAUGCCCUUUACCGUAAAAUCAUCACAUUCAUCCUGCUGGGCUCCGGCAUGGGCUCACCUUCAGAUGUCUGCUCUGUUCAAGAGGCUACAGCUGCCUUGCAGAGUAUUUUUCCAUCAAGUGAACUGGGGGCCUUUAUGGUGCUCCCAAAGAGAGAUAAGGAGCAACAACUCUCAGAGCUCACAAUGACUGUCACAGGAAUUCGACUCUUCAACAAAGCCAGCAAGAAAGAACAGGACAUGAAGUUUUCCGAACUAAUGCCUGCAGUUCUCUGUGAAGCGCUUUCGGUUACCAGUGAAGCCAUAGAGAAUGAGCUGAGUAUCUCCCAGAGUUUGGCGUGGAACUACACAGCGCUGUUAGAAAAGUAUCAUGGCAGUCAGCCGGGAGAAUGUGAUGUGUCACUGGUUCAACUAACAAAAGCGCUCUACAAUGUCAGGCAGUGUGAAUAUUUUCUACAAAUUUUACUGGCUGAUUCACGUUCGUGUGCAAAAAGAAUUGAAAUCCUACAGAAGGACAUUUUCUCCCAGAUAUACCUGCUCAAAACAUCGGUGCAGCCCAAGACAGCUGUGCCUACCUCAAAGGUUUUUCCAUUGUUCAAGGCCUUGUCAAAACUGUGGUCGGAACUUCAGGAUCAGGCAGAGCUGCUGAACAUCUUGAACAACAUUGCGCUCAGAUUGCAGUUCUUCCGUACCUCUCAUGCCAAGAUUUUUUCCAAAUAUCCUUUGGACGAUCUAUUGGUGGGAGUAGAAGUCAAAACAGACAAAGAAAGAAUAAACGAGCACUUAAGUGAGCGCAUUGAUCCAGUGCAGACGAAGCAGCACGAGUGGCUGCAGCCUGAAACGACUGACAGUCUUACUGAGCUGCCAUUGCAAUAUAAUGGAUUCUGUGCCUACACACUUGUUCACAAAGAUGGACUUAUUCUUCCAGGAAAUCCAUUCAUCGGUGUGCUCAAGCACAAGGAGAAACUGUAUGUCUUCAACUCCAAAGAAGCUGCUUUGAAAUUUGCCCACAGCCCCGAUUACUUCAUUGCACUGGUGGCAGAAAAAGCCAAGAGUUCCCCUGAACUUAUUCAACUUCUCAAACUUCAUCAAACUCCAUCCUGUGUGCAAGCAGGAAAGACCAUACUCGUGUCUAAGGCUGAGAAUUGCACUCAGACAGAUGUCCACGCGCUGGUGACCAACAUUGUUAAGUCAUAUGAAUGGAAUGAGUGGGAACUGCGGAGGUCAGCUAUCAAACUGACUGAUCUUCGGACAACUAUCACACAUUCAACUCAGACCCAUCUGAGCCACAUGAGACGGGAAAAUGCCACUCAAACUUGGCUUCCCAAGGAGGUGGGUUGUCAAACCAAGAGAGACGGUGAGACAGGUGUUCCCAGACCUCAGAUAUUCCUUGCCGGCCUUAGAGGAUGCAGAGAUGGACGAAUAGAAAAAAUAAACCUAACCAGAUCUAUUCAUGAAUAAUC